AUGUCCCUCCGGUGUUCUGGCGAAUCUAGGCAUGUGGGCUUCCAGUCUCCGGGUGCAGCCGCCAGACCACCCAGCAGAGGAGCAAGCUUUGGAGGCAGCAGCACCUAUGGUAGCUCAGUUGCCACGAGUGGAUUUUCCUGUGGUUUGGGCGCAGGCCUGGGCAGCGUUGCUGGUGGGAGUGGUGCCCUCGGAAACGCUGCGUGUGCUGGCCUUGCUGGAAGCGAGGGAGGCCUCCUGUCUGGCAAUGAGAAGGUGACCAUGCAAAACCUCAACAACCGGCUAGCCUCUUACCUAGACAGUGUGAAGGCUCUGGAGGAGGCCAACGCAGACCUGGAGAAAAAAAUCAAGAGUUGGUAUGAAAAAUAUGGACCUGGCUCCUGCCGUGGGCUGGAUCAUGACUACAGUGUCUAUCACCUCACAAUUGAGGAUCUGAAAGGCAAGAUUAUCGCUUCCACAGCUGCAAAUGCGAAUGUAAUUCUGCAAAUUGAUAAUGCCAGGCUGGCGGCAGAUGACUUCCGACUAAAGUAUGAAAAUGAGCUUUCCCUUCACCAGAAUGUAGAGAUGGACAUCAAUGGGUUGCGACGUGUCCUGGAUGAGCUAACCCUCUGCAAGACUGACCAGGAGCUGCAGUACGAGUCUCUGAGUGAGGAGAUGACAUACCUCAAGAAGAACCAUGAAGAGGAGAUGAAGGCGCUGCAGUGCGCGGCGGGAGGCAACGUGAACGUGGAGAUGAACGCGGCGCCCGGGGUGGACCUCACCGUGCUGCUCAACAACAUGCGGGCCGAGUACGAGGCCCUGGCCGAGCAGAACCGCAGGGAGGCCGAGGCCUGGUUCCAGGAGAAGAGUGCCACGCUGCAGCAGCAGAUCUUCGACGACGCGGGCGCCGCCAGCUCCGCCAGGGCGCAGCUGACCGAGAUGAAGCGCACGAUGCAGACGCUGGAGAUCGAGCUGCAGUCCCUCCUGGCGACGAAACAAUCCCUGGAGUGCUCCUUAGUGGAGACAGAGGGUAACUACUGCACACAGCUGGCCCAGAUCCAGGCUCAGAUCGGGGCCCUGGAGGAGCAGCUGCACCAGGUCAGGACCGAGACUGAGGGCCAGAAGCUGGAGCAUGAGCAACUGCUGGAUAUCAAGGCCCACCUGGAAAAGGAGAUUGAGACCUACUGCCGCCUGAUAGAUGGAGAUGGAAAUUCGUGCUCCAAAUCGAAAGGCUUUGGUUCCGAUAGCUCAGGGAAUCCACCUAAAGAUUCGCCCAAAACCACACUGGUAAAGACCGUGGUGGAAGAGAUAGAUCAACGUGGUAAAGUUCUGUCAUCAAGGAUCCAAUCUAUCGAGGAAAAGACAUCUAAAAUGACAAAUGGCAAGACAGAAAAGAAAACACCCUUCUAG